UAUAAACAAACCUUAUCUAUACAUUCGCUAGACACAGAAGCAAGUCAGCGCGCGAGGUAUUUUUGUUUCUAUAUUCAAGUGAAAAAAUCAAGUCUUUUGGCUGUCAAAGACACCCAAAAUGUCUACGUCAAAAAUGUUAGUGUUCUUGGCAAUGGCCUUGUGUUUGCAAUGUGCUUGCACUGUCUGUUCUGCCAAAGUUGUGGACUGUAUAAAACAAACCAAGAGUGUGGUUUAUAUCCUGUUGAAAGUACGGACUAUGAUCAAUAGCGACGUUGAACUCAGUGAGUUGCCCAAAAAAUUUUUCGAGAGCAAACAAAAGGAGCUUUUGGGGAACUUUGAUAAAAUUCACAACCAGCUGAACGAUUUGGAGUCAAAAAUCGACCUAAUAGCAAGUCAAUCACUGACCACUAAAUUGCACAACAUACACGAAACGUUUCGAUUAGAGAUGAGACUGCACGAUCUGUUGGACUACCGUGCCCGCAUAAACGCUGGUUAUGACAGAAUGACAAAGUACGCCCUACACCAACACGCUUACGAACAAUCGACCCUGGAAGAUUUUGCCAGAACUGUCAUAUCCCACGACCCAAAUUCCAUAGUGCACUUGCUGGAAAGGAUGCACAGUUUCGUGGUACCUAGCGGUAAUGGAAUUACCGACACUGGAUUAUUUAAAUUAUUAGAAAGUUAUCUCAAGGAAGCGGAGGGAGAUAUGAUGUGCGAUACCAAACAAAGUCCACAGCAAGUACUCUACAAUCUCUACGACGCAAUAGUGCUUACUGAACUGAAAGGCUUCACUAUGGUUCAGUUUUCUUACAUGAUACUCAGGCUAUAUGGACGAGGAAAUUUCACCAAAGAAUCUGAACUGAGCCAGGAAAAGUUCCAAGAACGAAUGAACAGUGUUGUAUUUACAGUCAAAAAUGUCAUGAAAAAUGUCAGUAGAGAGUUAUGGAACUGUGAUCCAGAAAUCUAUACAAAAGGUGAAACAUACGAAGAAAUAACAAACUUUCUGCAAGGCUACAUUCAAAACGAGAUAGAUCUUAACUCGGAAGGUACUUGUAGGGAAGAUUGUGCCGAAUACACCUACACCAAGAAUCACGGAUGUCACGAAAACGAUCACUGUAUGCGUCAAAGGAACUGUAACGGAAGAAUCGUCAGCUGUCAAUUUUUUGACUCCGAUAUGUGGAUUUGUAACGCUAACCCUCGAACUGGUAGACGUUACGAAUAUAUAGAGUACGAAAAUGGUAAAAUACUUGGAAAAAAACAGAGUUGUCCCAGGAAACUGGACAAAGUUGACAGUUUCUGGCGUUGGUUCAUCUGGUCAUGUUCCUACUGCUUUUGUCUGUGCGAUGAACACGGCAUUAUGUCGGAUAGAUACAUCAACAUGAGAUCCGUUCUGUCAGACAUCAAAAACAAUAAGGUGGUCACAGGUCUGAGAUUCGUCAAAAAGAACCGUAUCAUACAUCUACAGAUUCAGGAAGGUGAACUACUGCCUGGACUUAAUGUAAAUGCAAGUAGUGUGACGUGGAAACCUGUAGAAGACUACAAAAUAACAGACAGAAAAGUAUUUAACGGGCAAGACUUCCAUACACUUACUUGGGAGAAGAGAGCACUCGAUUUGGACGACUUGGAAGCAGAUGACGGAUACGUUAUGACAGGUGUUAGAUUUAAAGAGAUCGGAACGCAUCUCAACUUCGAAAUAUACACUACCAAGUUCGACUUUGACACUGGUAAGCUCAAACCGGAACACAGUACGUGGAAGGACAAUCCAAAUACAGAAAUCUCGCGCAAAAACCCUAGGACGAAAGUUUCUUUGACACAGCCAGACAUACCAACUAAAACGACUGCAUCUUCGGUACCAACGUCGAAAACGAAUCAGUUCAUCGAAUUCACCCAUUCAGACAUCGAAAAAGACGCGGCUCAAACUGCAGUACCAUUUCUUGAUGCUCAAAAGCUGGAAUCGGUUCGAGCAGUACCUCUCUCUGGGGCAGGGAUAUUCCACAAGGGCAGGCCCUACUUUGGUGGUUUUAUAACGCCCAGAAUCAUCACCUAUGACGUCAGCAAGUACCUUAACGCGGCUUUUCCUUAAAGUCAUUAAAAAUGUACUUACAAAUAAUUUUUUUAAGUUUUUUUCGUUACUGUUAAUAUUACCAAGUAAUAUUAAUACCGAUUUUGAUAUUGAACUUUGUUGUGUAGUGAAUUUCGUCCUGCCUAUGGUAGCUACAAAUAAAUAAGUAUUUAUUUUUUUAAGU